CCCUCACCUGCCCCCGUAUGCACGCCCGGCCGUGGGACAGGAGACUUGCUGCUGGACCGCUACGGGUUUGGGGGAUGCCCCCGCACGGCUCCAGUCAGAGCAGGACCAUCUCCCCUCAGUUGCCUUCCAGAGCUGAUGCAGCAGCAGCAGCAGCAGCAGAAGCAGCAGCAGGAGUAGCAGCAGCAACAGGAGUAGCCGCAGCAGAAGCAACAGCAGCAGGCGCAGGACUACCAGCAGCAGCAAAAGAAGCAACAGCAGCAGCAGCAACAGCACUAGAGGAGCCAGAAGCAACUCCAGGAGCAGCAGAAGGGGCUGCAUCGUCCGCCUCAGCAGCAGCCGCGGCAGCAGCAGCAGCAGCAGGAGCAGCAGGAGCAGCAGGAGGAGGAGCAGCAGAAGAUGCAAAGAUGUCAAAUGAGGGGUCCCUUAAGGGGCCUUUGGGGUUGCAUGCAAAUUGCUGCUGCAGCAGCAGCAGCUGCAGCAGCAGCUGCUGCUGCUGCGCUGCUGACCCUCAAAUAGAUUCGUCAGCGUCGUUUGCUCGCUCCUUCUCCGCCCCACAGCUGCAGCAGAGGCCUCUGCAUUUGCUGCUGCACCCACAGCAGCAGCAAAUGCAGCAUCAGCACCAUCAUGAGCAGCAGAAGCUGCAGCAGGAGCAGCAAGAGCAGCAGGAGCAGCCGCCGCAGCAACAGGAGCAGCAGCAGGAGCAAGAGCAGCAGCAGCAGCAGCAGCAGCAGCACAGCAGCAGCUCUCCUUGCUUGCUGCGAGAUAAUGCUGCUUCCGAAGCUCCUUUCAGGUGUACGUAUAAUAACCCUCGAGUUGGUGGUGCUGAUAAUAUAAAGAAGAGCAGCAGCAAGAAGGAGAAAGCAGCAAAAGACAGCAGCAAAGUACCGUCUCCAGUAGAGAGGAUGAAGCCUACUUGCUUGCCUUUGCAUGCACGUGGUUUGCUGCGGCGAUUAGGCUGGGUACCUAGAGGCCGCCUUCAUCAGCAGCAGCAGCAGCAGCAGCAACAGCAGCAGCAGCAGCAGCAGCAGCAGCAAGAAGCAGAAGAGGGCCCUCUAGCCCUUUGGGUCGGUGGCUGCUGCAUCCCUUGCGUCGGAGCUAAAGAAACAAGCGACAGCCUCUUCAUUUCUUGUACAGCUGACUUUCAUCUCCCGCUGCAGCUGCGGCAGCAGCGUCAGCUGCAGCGCAUCAUGCAGCGCUAUCAAAACCAGCAGCAGCAGAUGCAGCAAAUGCAGCAGAUGCAGCAAAUGCAGCAGCAGCAGCAAAUGCAGCAGCAAAAUUAUACAGAAAAAUAUACUCAACCACAACCGCCAGUAUUUGCUGCUGCUCCUUUAAUACCCACGUCCCCACAGCAGCAGCAGCAGCAGCAGCAGCAACAGCAGCAGCAGCAGCAGCAGACGCUUGCUGAAGAUUUCUUAAGAAGAUUCGAGCAGCAACGGGUCCAGCAGCAGCAGCAGCAAGCGACGCCUCCUGCUUGUCUGUACGCUCCCUCACUAUCCUGCAGCAGCCUCAGCAGCAGCAGCAGCAGCAGCAGCAGCAGCUUUAAGGAGAUAAUUCCUGCUGCUCCUCUCUGUCUCUCUAGCUUCUGCGGUAUUGCGGAUGGUGUAGGCAGCUGGGGAUCAUUUGGUGUUGCUGCAAACAGAUUUGCUGCUGAGUUGAUGCAGCGCUGUGCUAGGCUUUCUAUUUGUUUAUCAAAGAAGAUUAGACACGCAAGGAUGAAGGAGCAGCAGCAGAUGCUGCAGCAGCAGCUACUGCUGCAACAGCAGCAGCAGCAGCAACAACUGAAGCACCAACAGCAGCAAAGACGAAGGAGACGAAGGAGACUAGGAAGCAGCAGCAAACAAACUUCUAUAGAAUGUCACGAUGGAAGCUGCAGCGCAACAGAUCCCUCAUCAGCAGCAGCACCAACUGCUGCUGCAGCAUCAGCAGCAGGAGCAGCAGAGGGAAGCUCGAGCCGCAGCAGCAGCAGCAGCGGCAGCAACCAAGACAGCGAAGACUCCAGCAGAAUAAGCAACAGCAACAACAGCAACGGCAACAGCAGCAACGGGAGCAUCAACACGAGUAGCAGUAAGCGAAGCAGCAGCAGCAAAAGCAGCAGCAGCAGCAGCAGCAGCAAUGAAUAUCAAAUCCCUUAUGGUGGUGCUGCUGAUGUUGCUAGAUAUCUAUUAAAAGAAGCAUAUAAACAAACAACAGCUUUCGGUGCAAGUACAGCGCUGCUGCUGUACUUAGACUCCAGAGCCCGCGAACUCGGUGCAGCAAAUGUCGGCGACUGUUCCCUCCUUGUCCUCAGGCGUAUAUCUCGGGGAAGUCAGUUUGCAGUGGUGCAGCGCUCGAAGGCGCAGCAGCACUAUUUUAAUUGCCCUUAUCAGCUGUCGCGUCUUCCUGACGAACCUCUGCUGCAGCUAACGAUAAAAUCUCUUGCUGCUGCUGCUGCUGCUGCUGCUGCUGCUGGUGCUGCUGGGGCUGCAGGAGGAGGCGGCACUGCGGCGUCUCCGGCGGCAGC